AUGGGAUUAAAAGCGAAGUAUUUAAUUUAUCAAAUAAUGAUGAAUAGUAAAGUGAAAUCUGAAUUUUUGCAGAAACUGGCUUGCUGUUCAGAAUACGCUUAUAGAGAAGACACCAACUUUCCUAUUCGAAAUCAAAUGGAAGAUUCCCAUUAUUAUAAAGAUAAUUGUUUUGAGGAUGGCACUGCUUGUCUAUUUGCUGUAUUUGAUGGUCAUGGAGGGAUUGAUGUGGUUGAAUACAUCACUAAGAUUCUGCCUGAAACCUUUCUGAGGGAUUUCAAGCAAUUUAAUACAUUGAAACCGAACGAAUAUUUUGAACAGAUAUUCAAGAAGGUGGAUGAUUAGCUAAAAUUAGUUGGUGCUGCAGAAAUAGGAGCCACUUGCUGCUUAACUCUAUUAAGGAAGGAAGAUAAUAAAAGGAAAUGUUACAUUGCAAAUUUGGGUGAUACCAGGGCAGUGAUGAAUAUAGAUGGUAAAGCAGUCAGAAUGACAGUCGAUCACAAAGGCAUUGAUCCCGAGGAAUAAGCUAGAGUUAAGCGGGAAGGAGGCACAAUAGUGAGAGGUAGAGUGAUGGGCCAAUUAGCAGUCACUAGAGCAUUCGGAGAUCUUGAUUUAAAAACAGUUGGUGUAUCAGUUAAACCAGACCUAAAAGUGCAGGAAAUUACACCUUAAUGCAAAUACAUAAUUAUGGCUUCAGAUGGACUUUGGGAUGUCGUUGACGAUUAGAAAGCAGUUGACAUAACCAGAGGAUUGAAGAACUCCGAUGAAAUGACAAAAGAGCUGUUGCAGUAUGCUCUGAAAAAUGGCUCAAGAGAUAACAUAAGUAUCUUAAUUGUAAUGUUCUGA